AUGAGGAUGAGAUGGGACUUUUGUUCGAUAAUUCGGAAAACAAUUGUUGAUGACUUUGACGGCAGAUGGUAUCUUGUGGGAAAACUAUUGUCUGAUCGUCCGACAGACUUUGAUUCGCUAAGGAAUGUUUUGGCAUUGCUAUGGCGUCCAGGGAGAGGAAUGUACGUCAAGGAGUUGGAAACAAAUCGAUAUUUAUUUCAAUUCUUUCAUGAGGUUGACAUUAGUAGAGUUCUUGAAGGUACUCCUUGGACUUUUAACAGGAACCCCCUGGUUGUUGAAAGACUAAAGGAAGGGAAAAAUCCUAGAAACAAGCCAUUGAAUACUAUGGAAAUAUGGGUCCAAGUAUACAAUCUUGAAGUGGGAUAUCGAUCCGAUCGUGUCUUACAAGGCGUGGGAGUGUAUAUUGGAACGUAUGUUUCCUCAUGUCCGAAAAAUUUUGCGGGUAUCUGGAGAGACUACUUUAGAGUUCGUGUCUUGAUCAAUGUGGAGAAACCUCUCAAGCGGAGAAUGCGAAUUUACAAGAACAAGGUGGAGUGGUUCUGGGCUAAUUUUAAAUAUGAGAGGGUGCUUACUUUUUGCUUCAUUUGUGGUAUAAUUGGCCAUUCCGAAAGAUUUUGCCACAGAUUGUUUGAGGAGUCCUUGGAAACUAUUGCAAAACCAUACGGUCUAUUCAUGGAAGCGCCUGAUAGACGACAAUCACGACAGAUCGGAGCUCGUUGGCUAAGAGACAAUAUGGGACAACCUUUGGAGGCUGGCGCCGACCAAUACUCACUGGGAAAUCAGAGUACGGGGUGGUUGAUUCUGACCGUGAUUUUAGAGAUGUAA